AUGUCAUCGGUUUAUGAUCAUGUCAAGAAAGGGUCACUCAAAUUUAAAGGUGGUGAUCCUUCUACUAUAAAAAAGAAAAAGAAAAAAUCGUCAAAAACGGACAAGCAGAAACUAGAGCGUGGUUUACUUGAAGAAAACAAGGUGUUUUAUGAAGUAGAAAAGACAGAAGCUGAAAAGAAAUUUGAAGAGACAAAGCGUCAAAGACAAAUGGAGCGUGUAUCAAAAGCAGCAGCCAAAUCACACAAGGACCGUGUCCAAGAGUUCAAUCAAAAACUUGAAAAACUAAGCGAACACCAUGAUAUUCCUAAGGUUGGACCAGGCUAA